CUAAGCCAAACACCACAUAUUUUCCUCACCCUCCCCUGUUGACUUGACUGAGACUCGGGAAGUGUUAGGGUUUCUAUUUUCUGUUCAAGAAGAAUCAGAGCGUUUGUUAAGAUCUUGUGUUGAAGAUCGUGUUCUGCUUAUAUAGAUCUGUUUGAGAGUGUUAACAGUUCAUCGAACUGUUGGUGAGUCGGGAGUUGUUUGUGUGUCGCUAUACUUUCAGUUCUUGUAAAGUUGUUGUAUAGUCUUUCGAAGCUUGAUACCAGUUGUUUUGACACCUAAAAAACCCUUUGGAGAGGGUUUCAAGUUUCAACUUCAAGGUUAGUAUAUGUUUUUUCUAAGUUAAGUUGCAUUUCUGUAAAUAACUCAUUUUGAUUACGCCGAAUUUAAUAUCAUUUUAUAUGGAGUCGUUAGGUUUAUUAAACUAGGGUUUAUGUUCCACUUGAUAAAAUGUGGACACAUGCUAUUUUUUGAACAAAUUUUUAUUACAUUUUUUACCCUAGGUUUUGUAUAGAGGUGUGUGGUUUGCUGCUAGUAAAGGCAUUAGCAGCUAAAGACAUUUGGGGUUUGUAAUUAUAUGAUUACUUAAAAAUUUUUCAUACACUGAUUCUGAAUUAAAGCAUCAGCCAUAUGUCCAUUUCUGUGGUUUUGACAGCAUCUUAAUUACUCAAUACCGAAACAUUAGGUUUCAUGAAACUAGGGUUUGUAAUAAAUAAUAAUGUUUCAUUUACUGGUUCUAAUGUUAUAUGUUUUGUGCGAAAGUGUAUAAUUGAUCCUUGCUAUGUAUAUGUAGUGUGUGAAAGUGUAUCUACAACAUAUGGUCUGACAUCAAGUAUUUCCUUUGUAAAUUGUAGUUAGGUAACAUAAUAAUAAUAAGAUUUAAUUAAAAAAAAAAGAAGUAUUGGAUACAUAUGCAUAUGGAUGGUUUAUCAAUGUAGGGGCUAUUUAUUCCAUCAAUUUAUGUUUAGAAUAAUGGAACUGAUUCAUGGGACACGUAAAGCAUCCAAGUUUGCGCCACAAGAUUUUAUUAGCAGCAUGCCAGAUAACGUGGUAACAAAUAUCCUGGAUCGAUUGCCAGUACAAUAUGCUGUGAGGACUAGUAUAUUGUCGAGAAACUGGAGGUUUAAGUGGACUAUGCUUAGCCAACUCGUGUUUGAUCACUUCUUCUGUCGGUAUUUAACAAGAAGAAAAGGUGAAAAUAAUUGUGGGGGAAUUAUAAGUAGGCUUCUUCUUCAUAUUAAAGGUGUCAUAGAAAAGUUUGUCCUUUCUAUGGGAGAGGUUAAAGAUAUUAAUGAUGUUGAAAAUAUUAAUCACUGGAUUUUAUUCCUCUCCACAAAAGGUAUUAAGGAUCUCACCCUUGCCAUAUCAAUGAAUGAAACACAGGUGAAGUUGCCUACCCAUCUUUUCGCUUGUUUAGAGUUGAAACAUCUGAACCUCACUAAUUGUUGGUUCCAUCCUCCACAUAGUUUUCAUGGUUUUCCAAACCUAUUGAGCUUAAAGUUGUCUAUAGUACAAUUUGAAAGCAGUGAACUUGGGGAGAUUCUUGCUCGGUGCCCCUCACUUGAGAUUUUGGACAUGCGUCUUCUCUUUUAUAAAAGCAAAGUCAAAGUAGUUGAUAUUGCAAAAUCUAAGAAUAUGAAAAUAUUAUCUUUGUCUCUGCGUAAUAUUGACGAUGUGAUGAUAAGUUCUAGUACUAUCUUCGAGCUUGUGGGAUCUCUACCAAAACUGCAAGUGCUUGAUUUGGAUUUUCAGGACCAAUUCAAGGUAGGGAUAAGUUGCGUCUUUGAAGGUGGUGUGAGAAUGAGGUUCCCUACCUCGUGUCUCAAGGCUCUUAAUUUAUCAAGAAUAGAUUUAGGCAACGUUAUUCUGCUAUCAUGUGUUUUUGAAAUGGUCAGACACUUUCCAAAUUUGCAGACCCUUGAAAUCACUGCAGUUAAACGUGAUGCUCACACUAUUCCAAUUCCAGAGGUAGUGUACAAAACCACUGGGCUUCGGAGUGUGGUGUUUAGAUAUAUUGCAGGUUCAGAGAAUGAAGUAUAUUUGAUAAAGUAUAUACUUGCGGGUUCUCCUUUCCUAGAAAAGAUUGUUAUUCAUCCCCACUGGAGUCUAGCAUUCGAUGAACGGUUGAUGUUUUCUAGGAAGUUGUUGAAGCUCCGUCGAGCCUCCACUGUAGCUGAAAUUGAUUUCGACUAGUUUACUUGUUUUUUUCUUUUGUUUCUGUUGAAGUAGUGUUUGUUAAAUGUAGGGAUGGCAAUGGGUCGGGUUUGGGACGGGUUUAGGUAAUCCCAAACCCAAACCCGGUUAGAUAUGUUUGUCCCAAACCCGUCCCAAAACCCGUCGGGUUCUAGCGGGUAAAUACCCAUCGGGUAUCGGGUAUACCCGCGGGUUUCGGGUAAACCCGUUAAUUUAAAAAGAUUACUCGUUGGGUAUACUCAUCUCAAAACCCAUUGGGCAUCUAUCGGGUAACUAUUAACCGGUUACUUUUUGUAUUGGUAUUAUAAAAAUAUAUAUCAAAUAACUACAAUGUAUAUGAAAUAGAA